CAACCCGGCCGCAAGCUUCGAAGACGUGAAAAUCGCCAGAAGAAAGCUUUAGCCAUCUCCCCUCGUCCAGUCGCUGGUUUGCUGAGGUACUUUGUUUUCUCAUUUGUUGCUAAUGUAGAGCGCCUGAAGGAGUACAAAUCCAAGUUGAUCCUCUUCCCCAAGAAGCUCAGUGCUCCACGUAAAGGAGAUAGCAACCCAGAAGAGCUCAAGGUCGCCGCUCAACUCCAUGGCGAUAUCUUGCCAGUAUCCAACGUCAUCGAUUAUGAAGCUCCUCGCGCCAUUAAUGAAGCCGAAAAGAAAGUCGAGAUCUACCGUCACCUCAGACGACUCCGUGCUGAUAAGAAGUAUGCCGGUAUCCGUGAAAAGAGGGCAAAAGAAGCUGCCGAAGAGAACAAGUAA